AUGGGUGGCAAAGGUGGCGGAGGUGGUGGCAAGGGAGGCGGCGGUGGUGGCAAGGGAGGCGGCUGUGGAAAAGGUAGUGGUGGUGGAAAUUCAAGCGGCGGCGGUGGUUCAUAUAUGAAGGCCCCUGGUGGGGAUGGAAGUUACAUAUCAAGAGGAGUAUUUGAGAGCAAUCCUCAGGCAUACUUCAGUGGUCUGCAUGGUGCAUCACAGCCAAACAAGUAG